UCACCGAAACAUGAGUUCGGAGGAAACUGUUGAGGUGGUCAUACCACUUGUGAAAACCAUCACCAACCUGACCUUUCGGAACCUGUCAUACAGUGCGGGGCAGAAGCAGCUGCUGCGCAACAUCUCCGGCACGCUCAAGUCUGGCAGAUUGACUGCAAUUCUGGGCCCAUCGGGAGCCGGUAAAUCGACGCUGCUCAACAUACUCAGUGGCUUUAAAACGCAAGGAGUUAGCGGAAGAAUACUCAUCAACAAUGAGGCGGUGGAUUGUCACAAGUACCGCCAGCUAGUCGCGUACACCGAGCAGGAUGUACCAUUGCUGCAGAACCUUACCGUACGAGAGACGCUUCACUAUGUUGCAGAUUUGAAGCUGUCGAAGAACGUUUCCUACAUCCACAAGACGAAGAUCGUGAACGAUAUCGUAGCCCUGCUGGGGCUACAGAAGUGCUCCCACAGUCAGGCGAAAACACUGUCCGGUGGAGAGCGGAAGCGACUCUCCAUCGGGCUGGAGUUGGUGUCAAACCCGAAGAUUAUGUUCUUCGACGAACCGACCAGUGGGUUGGACAGUGUGGCGUCCUAUCAGGUGAUCUCGUAUAUGAGGGAUCUCGCCCGGCAGGGCCGUUGUGUGGCUACUGUAGUGCAUCAACCGAGCUCGGAGUUGCUGGAGCUGUUUGACGAUGUUUAUGUCGUAGUGGAUGGGCGCUGUAUGUACCAGGGAUCACUAGACGACCUAAUACCGACACUGGAGGAGGUCGGCUUCACCUGUCCGCCGUACUACAAUCGAGCCGAUUUUGUAUUAAAAAUAGCGUCUCAGAGGACCGACGAUAUGGACAGUGUGGAGAAGCUGAUAGCACGGGCCGAUACCGCCAUUAAUGGAUACCUGGAGAAUGGUAGCACACACUUGGAGGAGUGUAACAACCUGAUGGCAGAGAGCAGAGCCUCCGCACAGUAUCCCAUCGCCUGGUGGCGUCAGUUUGUCGUGCUGGUACGCCGAACCGCGCUCUGUACGCUGCGAAACAUCACGCUGACCCGGUUCCGGCUGUUGGGCCAUCUGCUGUUCGGCCUGACGAUAGGGAGCGUGUUCUACGACGUGGGUGACGACGGUGCCAAAGUGUUAUCUAACGUGUCCUGCCUCAUACUCUUCCUCAUGUUUAUCGUGUUUGCGAACGCGAUGACGGUGGUGCUGACGUUCCCCCUUGAGAUGGCCGUAUUUGUGCGGGAGCACAAGAGCAACUACUACCCAGUGUCCGCCUACUACUGCUCGAAGCUGGUAGCUGACUUCCCGCUGAUGCUGGCCGGGGUGAGCUGCUUUCAACUGAUCGUGUACUACUUAACCGGCCAACCGAACGAAACGGACCGGGUCGUGGCGUUCUGGGGCAUCUGCGUACUGUUCGGAUGGUUGGCGCAGAUGUACGGCAUGGUCGCAGGCAGUGUCUUCCCCCUAGACGUCAGUCCAUUCGUGGUGCCGGCGUCCAUCAUACCGGCGGUCAUGUUUUCCGGCUUCUUCAUCCGGUACAGCGAACUGUUGGCCGCGUUUCGACCGCUCACCUACGUCAGCUACUUUCGGUACGGGUUCGAGGGGCUGGCCCAGGUAGCGUACGGGUUCAAUCGAACGCAGCUCGGGUGUAGCGAGAUGUUUUGCUACUAUCGCAAAACGAGCAAAGUGAUGGAAAUGCUGCAGAUGGAACCGAACCGUUACUGGUACGAUGUGGCGGGCCUGUCCGUGUGGGUUGCCGUCCUUCACGUGCUGCUGUACGUGAGCUUGAAGGUACGGUUACGGCGCAACCGCAAGCAGCGUGCUUCCCGCUUCAAGAUGAGCGUAGAUAAGAAUAGCAUCGAGAUAACGAUACCGCUAAUGCAGGGCGGUACGAAUCUACACUUUCAAAAUAUCGCCUAUCAAGUGCGGCAUCAGAAGGAGGACAAACUGUUGCUGAAGAAUAUUUCCGGCACCUUCCGAACAGGGCGGCUUACUGCAGUUCUAGGUCCAUCUGGAGCUGGCAAAUCAACGCUGCUGAAUGUGCUGAGUGGCUUUAAGACGCAGGGCGUUAGCGGGAACAUCAUUGUCAACAAUGAAAUCAUUGACCGGCAGCGUUAUCGACAGCUGGUCGCGUACACUGCACAAGAUGUAACGCUACUACCCAACAUAACGCUACGUGAGAACCUUCACUACGCGGCCGAUUUGAAGCUGGCAACGAACGUACCGCUAGCGCACAAGGUCGAGAUUGUAAACGGGGUGAUUGCCCUGCUCGGGCUGCAAAAGUGUGCCCACAAUCAGUCUCAGGUGCUGUCCGGGGGUGAAAAGAAGCGGCUGUCGAUCGGGUUGGAGCUGGUGUCGAAUCCGGCAAUCAUGUUCUUCGAUGAGCCUACCAGCGGGCUGGACAGUGUGUCCUCGUUCCAGGUGAUCUCGUACAUGAAGGAUCUCGCCCGGCAGGGUCGGUGUGUGAUUAGUGUGAUCCACCAGCCAAGCUCGGAGUUGCUGGAGCUGUUCGAUGAUAUCUAUGUGGUGGUGGAUGGUCGGUGUAUGUACCAGGGUUCGCUGGACGAGCUGAUACCGACGUUUGCGGAGGCUGGAUUUCACUGUCCGCCGUACUACAAUCGGGCAGAUUUUGUGCUAAAAAUAGCGUCCCAGUACGACUCCAAAUGCGCCGAGGUGGAGAAGCUGAUGGUUAAGUCCGAAAAAUCCGUCAGCGCCUCAAUGAACUUGGGCAUUCAGCGCGAGUACGAUUCGACCGAGUUUCUGGUGGAAGGACGAGGCCCCCAGUAUCCGAUCAGCUGGUGGAACCAGUUCACCACCCUAACCCGCCGUACGACACUCGGCACGGUCCGGAAUCCGCAGCUGAUGGGGCUACGCUUUUUUGGCCACGUUCUGUUCGGCUUUACGAUCGGCUUUGUGUUUCACAACGUCGGUGACGAUGCGUCCAAAGUGCUGUCGAACAUUUCCCUGCUGAUCGCUUUCCUGAUGUUUAUCACGUUCGCUAAUGCGAUGACGGUUAUAUUGACCUUCCCGCUCGAGAUGGCUGUGUUUGUGCGGGAGCACAAGAGCAACUACUACUCCGUGUCGGCGUACUACUUCUCCAAGCUGGUGGCUGACUUCCCGUGGAUGCUGUCCGGGGUGACGGCCUUUCAGCUGAUCAUGUACUUUCUCAGCGGGCAGCUGUACGAGACGGAUCGUGUGCUGAUGUUCUGGGGCAUCUGCGCGUUGUUUGGGUGGCUGGCGCAGGUGUAUGGGUUGAUCGCGGGGUGUUUGUUUCCGAUCGAAGUCAGCCCAUUUAUUGUGCCGGCUUCAAUCAUUCCUGCGCUGCUGUUUAGUGGGUUCUUUAUACGGUACAACGAGCUGCUGGAUUUCUUUAAGCCACUCACGCUGGUAAGCUACUUUCGAUACGGGUUUGAGGGGUUGGUGCAGGCUACGUACGGCCACAACCGGACGGAGGUGGGUUGUAGUGAGAUCUUUUGCUACUAUCGCAAAACGAGUAAAAUCCUGGAAGCCCUCCACAUGGAACCGAACCGCUACUGGACGGAUGUGCUCGGGCUUAGCAUCUGGAUUGCGUUCCUGCACAUCGUGCUAUAUCUGAGCCUGCGGCUACGGCUCAGAUGGAACCGUUGAGGGAUGUAGAAAGGUAGCAAAAGUAGUAGAAAAAAGAUAAAAAAGCAACCUCCAUCACAAAUUACAAAGUAAUGUUAGAGUUCUCUUCAUUGGCCUUACUACUAGUGUUACGUUGCAAAUGGAUAAUCCAGCUCUCCCAAGGGUAACGCGCACACAUGGAAUGUGUGUUCCGUCGUAGUUGCGCUGCAACAGCGCAGCACACGGGCGGUGUAGUAUUUGCGCAAGCUGCAGGAGCGAUAUUUCAUUCUGGCUAGCGUAAGCGGCAGCUAUGAAUGAAUAAUUUUAUAGAAUAUUAACCACGUCAACGCGGGCGCAAGUCAACAACAUCUAGCGCGAAACACGCGUUUCGUAUAAUGUGACAGAAUAAUCCCCCAACCUCCAGGUGGGUGGAGGAUGCAACUCAUGGCUAGUUGUUUAACUUGAUAAGCUAACGUUAAGCAGUCUAAGAACGGUGGCAGAUCUAUUAUGAAUCAUGCAGUUUUCCUGUGAAAGUGUGUGUAUGUGUGGGGAAGAUGAAAAACAGCAAAUAAAGUGUAUUUAUCGGCCAAAUGUUGUGUCUGACUGCCUUAAGCACAAA